UCAACCAAAUAAAAAUUAUCCUUAACCAAUUCUUUCUUAGCCAGUCACACAAUCAAGAGAAAACGACAAAGCCUAAAGAAGAAAAGGGCAAAAUGUCAAAAUUGAAAGUAAGAGCCUUGCUCAAAAACAAGAUAAAAACUUCGAGGACACAAAUGUAAUUAUCAUGACCUUAAUUUUCUUACACGACAUCCAUCGUGUUCUCUUCUUCCUCCUUCCUCUGUAAAUUUUCAGAAUGGCCUCAAAGCUUAAACCUUUCAUCAAUCUCCUUCGCUACACACCAAAUCGAUCACUAUCCUCAAACCCCUCUUCGCAAUCAAACUACAGGAAGCAAAUCUCACUCGCGAACCUCCUCCAACGUCACGGGUUCCCUCCCUCCUCUCUCCAACACUUCCUCUCUAAAAACACCUUCCUCUCAAACUCAGAUCUAUCCCAAACCGAAGCUUCUCUCUCCAUCUUACUAUCCUUCAAACUCCCUCAGAAACAGCUCGUCUCCUUGAUCCACGACUGCCCCAACGUCCUCCGACCAAACUUCCUGAAAAAAUGGAGAGCUCCUCUCUCUGGUCUCUCCUCAUCUUCCGCAAUCAAAAGCAUCCUCGAACACUCGAGCAGAUUCGGAAUCAACCCAGAUAAGUUUCACCAAUGCACUAAGGUACUAAAAGGUUUAGGCUUUUGCGAUAGUACUGUAAGUAAAGUUCUUGAAUCCUUCCCUAACGUUCUUGCACUCAGCGAGAUCGAAAUCCACAGAAAGGUUGAGUUUUUAGUUAAUAUAGACAUCCCUCCAAGCGACAUUGAGAGGUUCUUUCACGUUUUUCCAGAGAUCUUAGGGAUUAGUAUUGAGUCCAAGCUUAAUCCACUGCUCGAUGAGUUUAUAAGGAUUGGGUUUAGCAAAGAGGAGAUCAAGAAAGAGAUUUUCAGAGAACCCAGAGUUCUUGGUUUGGAGCUGGGAGAGCUUUCGAGAUGUUUGGAGUUGAUCAAGACCUUGAAAUGCCGUGAAGUGAUCAAAGAUGAGAUUAUUGAGAAAGGGUUGUUUCGUGCCGGGUUUGAAGUGAAGGUUAGAGUUGAUUGUUUAUGCAGACACGGGCUGAUUCGGAGAGAGGCCUUCAAGGUUGUGUGGAAAGAGCCGAGGGUGGUUUUGUAUGAGGUGGAUGAGGUUGAGAAGAAGGUUGAGUUUUUGACUAACAGGAUGGGGUUUCAUGUUAGCUGUUUAGCUGAUGUGCCGGAGUUUCUAGGGGUGAAUUUUCGGAAGCAGAUUGUGCCAAGGUACGAUGUGGUUGAGUACUUGAGGCUUAGAGGCGGGCUUGGGUGUGAUGUUGGGUUGAAAGGUUUGGUUAAACCGAGUAUGAAGAGAUUCUAUAACUUGUAUGUGAAACCUUAUCCGGAGUGUGAGAGAAUCUUUGGGAAGAGGAGGGAGGAUGCAAGGGUGAGGAAGCAGCGACAUCCUGCUGGGCUUUGGAAGCUUAUGAAGCCGUCUUGUCAUGUAACAACGGAGGAAGAUGUGCUGAACAUGAAGUCUUUUGUAGAGUCGCUUGCUUAGUUAGAUGCUAUCUUGCACUGCUUGAAAACGGAUACUAGAUUGACACAUAACGGUGGAUUCUCGCUCCCUGAUUUUGUUUACGACGAGCUGCUCUGAGUCGAUAUGUGUUUUCUGGAAACUCUCCUUUUGAGUUAAUGGCUUUGAUUACUCAGAGGACAAUGCAUCACCCUUGAAAAACACGAUUUGUAGUCACCGUAUGCAUCUACCAACGGCCCAUUGCCUUUUGUUUCAA